GCUAAGAGGAGGGUUCGACUAGUUCUUCCCCCCACCUCCUCCUUGCUCUCCUUCUACCACAAGGCGACAACUAUUCCACUCCCCCGCCAUCAACACAACACCACCGUCGACCAAAGUCAGCCACAUUAACCGACUGGGGAAGCUGUCAACAGGAAAAGUAACCACCGUGAGGAACUUUAGCUUUCUGCUUUGCCAUCCUACCGCACCAACAUGGCGUCCGGACACCGACUUGACUGACUUCACGGUGGAGAGACGAGGGAAGGUCGCCUCCACAGCGGCAGCGGUGCUUGUGGAUGAACCGGGAGUACUUUCGAAGUUUGUGAGCCAAACGGCACCAUGUUGGCCACCGCGGGGACUUACGCCAACAAGAAGAGGAAGAAACCGGUCCUCAAACAGAAAAAGGUCCCAGACGGCAACGAGGUGGUCAAGUCCAACCCGUCAAAGCGCCACCGAGACCGGCUCAACGGGGAACUGGACCGGUUAACGGACCUGCUGCCCUUCCCCGACGACGUGCGAUCCUGCUUGGACAAACUGUCCGUCCUGCGUCUCAGCGUGGGGUACCUCAGGGUCAAGAGCUACUUCAAGGCUACGCUCAAGAACAACACCGCCGAUGGCUUUCCUGGUGCCAGCCGGACCAAUGGGAACACCUUGGAAAGCCGAGGCUUCUCUGAGGCGGACCUGCUGCUCCAGGCGCUCAACGGCUUCGUGCUGGUGGUCACGUCGGAUGGGGUGGUCUUCUACGUGUCGCCCACCAUUAAGGAGUACCUGGGCUUCCAGCAGUCGGACGUGGUCCACCAGAGCGUGUUCGAGCUCAUCCACACGGAUGACCGCGGAUCCUUCCGACAGAACCUCCACUUUGCUCUGAACCCGCCCGACGUCGACGGGGAAUGUACGUACCCGGGUCCUCAUCUUGUUCGAGAGCGGCGUCGAUCGGUAGCUCCAUGUUGUUGUUCGAUGUCGCCAGGUCUGGACAAUUACAUGAGCACGGAGCUCUACAAUCCCAACCAGCUUCCUCCAGAGAACUCCUCCUUCCUGGAGAGGACUUUUGUGUCCCGCUUCCGUUGCCUCCUGGACAACUCGUCAGGCUUCCUGGCUCUGAAGUUCCAGGGUCGCCUGAAGUUCCUGCACGGCCAAAACCUCUUCAGGGACAACGGGACGCGCGUCAAACCGCAGCUGGCGUUGUUUGCCGUGGCCACGCCCGUGCAGCCGCCGUCCAUCGUGGAGAUCCGCUCCAAGAUGUUGCUCUUCCAAAGCAAACACAAGCUGGACUUCACGCCCAUGGGCAUCGACAAUCGGGGGAAGAUCAUUUUGGGCUACUCGGAGACGGAGCUCUGCAUGAACGGCUCGGGAUACCAGUUCAUCCACGCCGCCGACAUGAUGUACUGCGCCGACAACCACCUGCGAAUGAUGAAAACCGGAGAAAGCGGCCUCACGACUUUCCGCCUCCUGAGUAAAUCAGGAAACUGGGUCUGGGUCAAGUCCAACGCCAAGCUGUUCUACAAAGGAGGAAGACCCGACUUCAUCAUCGCUUAUCAGCGAGCCAUCGUCAACGCCGAGGGCGAGGACUACCUCCGCCAGAGGAGGCUGCAGCUGCCCUUCAGCAUCACCACGGGGGAGGCGGUCCUGUACAACACGGGUCCCACCGUGGACCUGUCCGAGACGCGCUUCAACCAGCAGUUCGAUAGCAGCGACGCGGACGGCGGAAAGGAAACGGAGGCCCCCCAGAGUCUGCUGGACUGCUUCCUCAGGCAGGACAAGUCCGCCUACAAACAAACCCCCGAAAUCCCGCUCCCUGUGGACCAGGUCUUCAUGGACAGCCGAGCGCUGGUCAGCGUUCCCAGCGACGCCUGGCAGGUGACGGGCGUGGCGGCCACCGCCGGCGCCGCCACCGUCGUGGUGAAGGAGGAGGCCAAGCAGUCCGUGAUGGCGGUCAUCGACGCCCUGCAGGAGAUGGCCCAGAACGGCGACUUCUGCGCCGCUUUGGAGAACAUGGAGGUCAGCGAGGCGGAGCUGAUGGAGUGGGAGGAGACCCUCAAGAGGCUGGGCCAGGACGGCGACAGGCGGGAGAGCGUUCGCUCCGAGCUGGACGGCGUGCUCAUCGACGAGCUCUUUGAACACAUCGAUCCCGUUUUGUUCAAGGAGAAGGGCGAAGAAUGCCCCACCCCUUGCCUGAAGGCGGUCGUCAGCGGCCAGCGGGACCCCUUCACGCAGGGGGCGGCGCAGCAACAGGAAGGGAUUUACCCCCAAAUGAACGGCGUGUACGCGGCGGAUAACGUACACGGACAUUUAGACGGCGGCUUAGCGGGAUUCAAACUUUCCCACUGUGGACCCCUGCCUGACGCAGCCCCCCCGCACCCGUCCCCUCUUCAGCAGCUGCAACUUCAGGACAUUUUCACCCCGGAGAUAGAACUACCGCAACUCACCGUCCCCGACGGGUCACGUGACGCCGCGGCGCUCCACUUCCUGGGCUUUGAGCAGCGGCAAGGUAACGCCCUGCCUGUCAAUCAGCCAAUGGCAGCCAUGAUCUCGUGCGGUAACUUGAACGCCUCCACUUUGCCCACGAAUCGCCCGCAAGCCGACCCGGCCUCGGCCCCGCGCAGCCGCCAUCCUCAGCAGUGGGCGCAGGGCCCAUACGUACCGCCCCCCUCCGGCGCCACGCACAAGAGACACAGGCCGACGCCCACUCCGGAAAGCCAAGCGCUCCCUCGCCUUUGGCCGAGGAGCGUCAACGGACUGGACCACGCCCAGCAGGGGGGGCUGGCGUGCGGGCAGUCGGUCAGUCACAGCAGCUGCAUGUACACGCAGCCCUUCGCCUGCGGCCCGGCGGGGGGCGACACCCUGGCGCUCGCCCAGUCCUCCCUCCAGAGGGCGGCCGCCACCGGCCUGGACCAGAGCCCCCCCCGGGGCUCCUGUUACUUCCAGUGGGGGCGCAGUCAGCCCGUGGUGGGCACGUCGUCCAUCAGCCAGGACUCCGCCCACAUCAGUCCCAUGACGUCCAACAUGGCCUCCUCGGAGCUCGCCCCCAACCUCCAGUGCUACCAGGAAUGACGCCCAGACUUUGCUCAUCGGAACAACCCUCAUGCAGUUUCAGCGCUUAUUCGCCGAUUUCCCCGUCCCAGGAAUAUUCAACCUGUAAACAAUGAAGACCUGUGAGUGCCUUUGCCAGAAACACGGAACAGCCAAAGAUUUCGUUUUGUUUUUGUUUUUUUUACAUUUUUAUUCUACAAGGGAAACCAACGUUGUUGCAAUUUUAUUGUAUAAGAAAAAGACGCUUAAAAAUGUUAUGUAACUUGCUAUUAAGACAAUUGUGCUAAAAUGCUAUGCUAAGCUAUGUAUUUAGUGUGCACACUCACUUGCAUUAGCUACUAUGUAUGUCACCGCAGUCACAAGCACGUUCAGUGGUGCCUCGGUUAACAUCACUAAUCCAUUCCAGAAGGUCCAACUCUAACCAAAACGGACUCUAACCAAAGCAGACUUUCCCAUGGGAAAUGAUAUAAAUCCAAUCAAUACCUUCCAAACACCCAAAAAUGUUAACACAAAACCCAUUUUAUAGACAAUAAUUAUAGUUUUAUGUACAUUUGACGCGACUUUGACCUCGUGUUGUUGGAAAAACGCCCCCAAGUUUCAAAAUAAAUGCAUUAAACAUUGGGGGGGGGGGGGUCUUGCACCCUUGUCUCGGUACCGUCCACGCAAGAUGACAGGACGCCGUUUUGGAUGCUGAACAAGCGGGCGAACGCAAGCCAAGGCAAAACAUGUUGGUUGUUAACCAAAAAAAAAUGCACUAACCGAGGUGCCACGGAAUCACCGCUUUUUUGUUGUUUGUGUUUCGGCUAAAUAAGACUUCUGAAAACAUUUGGAGGGAUUUGCAGCUUUUGGCUGGACGGUUUUCACGUGAAUGGGAAACUCGGACAUCCGCUUCUCGAAACGGGAAGGUCAGUUUACGGUCUGAAGAGCUCGGUCGGGUAAAAUAAAGUUCCGUUUUGAGAUUUUCCGCGAAUUUCGACCAAGUUGCAGUCGUCACGCGCUACCUCGUAGAUUUGACCCAAAUCGUCGUGACGGUUCUGUGACUCGCUGGUUGAAUGUCGCGGCGAGUCCGAGAGAAUCGGCCAUAUGUUGGCGGGUUUUUUUGGACAUCAAAAACCUAUAAUAAAAAAAAAAAGUAAGAAUAAGGGCAAAAAAAGUUGCAAUUUGAUAAUAACGUUUUAUGAUUGAAUUAGGUUGCAAAAAUGUUACGAGAAUAAAGCCAAAAUAUUCUGACAAAGUCAUAAUUAUGCGAAUUUCAUGAGGAAAAACGGCCAAAUAUUGUAAUCUUAUAAGAAUAAGAGCAAAAAAAAGUUGCAAUUUGAUAAUAACAUUUUAUGAUUGAAUUAGGUUGCAAAAAUGUUACGAGAAUAAAGCCAAAAUAUUCUGAAAAAGUCAUAAUUACAAAAAUUUCAUGGGGAAAAACGGCCAAAUAUUGAGAAAAAAAUUGAAAAACGAGAAAAAGUUGAAAAGUUUUUUUAAGAGAGUUGAAACAUUUAGAAAAAAUGUUUAAAAAAUUUUUAAAAAUCAAAAAACUACCUUUCAUUUUUCGUGAUGAGGCCCCAAAUACAUGCUCGCACUUUCCCUAGCUUGUGCCUUCUUGCCAUAUACAAUAUAUAUGUAUAUUAUAUAUCAUGCACACACAUCUAAUCUCGUCUUUAAGGGAACAUUUCCUUCAGUGAAUAGAGCCUUACUGUACCCCAAAGUGCACUUCCACGAAUAAAUAACAAUGCCACAAAAGUG